CAUGUCACUGAGUGCACAGCUAUGGUGGCCUCUUGUCUGCUCCUCUCCAGCAUCUGGACUAUUGCAGCAGGCUCUGUGCAUGUGAUGCCCAGCAAGGUCCAGUCGGUCCAGGCAGGAGGAAACAUUACUUUUUCAUGCCAAUUGGCCAUGAAAGAUGUGCUACAGGUAACCUGGCAGAAGGAAGUGGAUGGGGCUGAAGACAACAUAGCAACUUACAGUGCAAUGAAUGGUCAAAAGAUAGCAAAGGACUAUGCUGGCCAUGUAAGCUUUGCCCACAGUGAGUUACAAACCUCGGGCAUCUCCCUUCGUGAAGUCACCCUCGAAGAUGAAGGAUGCUACAAGUGCAUCUUCAACACGUUCCCCUCAGGGGCUGUCACUGGCAGGAUGUGUCUCAAGGUUUACGCCAUCUCAGACCCCAAAGUGGAAGCUAAGCUUAUACCCAGUCCAGACAAAACCGAGAACUCAGAGCAAGUGGUGGGGUUGAGCUGCUCAGCAACAGGGAAGCCAGCUCCAAAAAUCAUCUGGCGCCUUCCCACCAUCCUGCAGCAGAAACCCAGGGAGUACCACAUCAGGCUUGGCAACCAGACUGUGACUGUCAUCAGCAAUUUCACCCACACCCAUUCCAAAAUCCUCCAGGAGCACCCCAUUGCCUGUGUGAUCCUGCACCCCUCUCUAAACGUGACUCUGGUCCUGCCCAGGGACAGCCUGGCUCAAGGUCCAUCCAGCAGUGUGGCACCAUCCAUUGUCAUUGCUGUGGGGGUGCUGGUCCCCCUGACUUCCCUCCUCCUUCUUGCCUGCCUCCUCCACUAUUGCCUCAGGCACCUAUCUGACCCAGAGAGAAAUCCAACCUGGCCAUGCUGGGUCUUUCCUGCCUGUACCAAGGCCAAGACACAUGGGCAGUACAGAGCUGCAGGGAGGUGGGCUCCAGCAGGGCCUCCCAGCCCUGGCAUGCUGCUGAAUACCUGAGCAGCUGCCUGCCCUACACCUGUGAGAGAGAAACUUCCUACAACAGCACCUUGGGCUUCCAAGAAAACUUGCUGUGACUUCACUCCAAAGCAAAUAUUAAAAAAAGGGAUGAUUUAUAAAAGUUAUUUAUUUAUUUUACACUAUAAU